GCGAACCGCCCUCAGGAAGUGUUACUCACCGCCGGGAAUGUGAGCGCUCCUGCCUCGGGGGCUGGAUUCUCUUCCCGAGUCCUGGGAGAAACCGGGAGAGACCGAAGGCGCUCUCAGCCAUGGAAAGCCCCGGGGAGCCAGGAGCUGGGCCUCUCGGAGCCCCCAGCCUGCCCAACUUCGCACCUGGGCGCCCGGAGAGAGAAAAGCCCGCCGAGGACCCGCCGUACGACGUGCCUGGAGCCGGCGGGCGGCCGGCGGGCGGGCCCCAGCGGCCGGGGCGCAGCGUGAGCCUGCGGGAGCGCUUGCUGCUCACGCGGCCGGUGUGGCUGCAGCUGCGGGCCAACGCCGCGGCCGCGCUGCACGUGCUGAGGACUGAGCCCCCCGGGACGUUUCUGGUGCGGAAAUCCAACACUCGCGGGUGCCAAGCCCUGUGCGUGCGGCUGCCCGAAGCCAGCGGCCCCUCCUUUGUCUCCAGCCACUACAUCCAGGAGAGCCCUGAGGGCGUCUCCUUGGAGGGCUCAGAGCUCAUGUUCCCAGACCUGGUCCAGCUCAUCUGCGCCUACUGCCACAGCCGGGACAUCCUUCUCCUCCAGCUCCAGCUCCCCAGAGCCAUCUGCCAGGCAGCCACCCACAAGGAACUGGAAGCCAUCUCCCAUCUGGGCAUUGAGUUUUGGAGCUCCUCCCUCAACACCAAGGCCCAGCCGGGCCCGUCUGAAGGCCAGCUGCUGCCCCGGCUGAAGCCCCGGUCCCCACAAGAGCUGGACCAGGGCACGGGAGCCGCCCUGUGCUUCUUCAAUCCCCUGUUCCCAGGGGACCUGGGCCCCACCAAGCGGGAAAAAUUCAAGAGGAGCUUCAAAGUGCGUGUGUCCACAGAGACCUCCAGUCCUCUGUCACCACCUGCCGUGCCACCUCCCCCGGUCCCCGUGCUGCCAGGUGCAGGCCCCAGCCCGACAGAAAGCUUCCCCCCUCACCAGCUUCUGCAAAGGGAGAGCUCAGUGGGGUACCGUGUGCCAGGGGGCCCCAGGCCCAGCCUCCCACCUCUGCCCUCCCUCCAGGAGGUAGACUGUGGCUCCCCCAGCAGUUCAGAAGAGGAGGGGGCGCCGGGGUCCCAGGGAAGCCCAGCGACCUCCCCUGGCCUGGGCCGCCGGAGGCCCCUGCUUCGGUCCAUGAGCGCGGCCUUCUGCUCCCUGCUGGCGCCCGAGCGGCAGGUGGGCCGGGCUGCCGCAGCUCUGGUGCACGACAGACACACGGCUGUGGGCCAGCUGGUACAGGACCUACUGACCCAGGUGCGGGCUGGCCCCGCACCCCGGGAGCUGCAGGGGGUCCGAGAGGCACUAAGCCGGGCACGGGCCAUGCUGAGCACGGAGCUGGGCCCUGAGAAGCUGCUGCCUCCUGAGAAACUGGAACACGCCUUGGAGAAGUCGCUGCAUCGCUCCGUGCUCAAGCCUCUCCGGCCCAUCCUGGCGGCCCGCCUGCGGCGCCGGCUCUCCACCAACGGCUCCCUGGGCCGCCUGGCUGAAGGACUGCGCCUGGCCCGGGCUCAGGGCCCUGGAGCCUUUGGGGCCCACGUGAGCCUCCCCUCCCCGGCCGAGGUAGAGCAGGUUCGCCACAAGCUGCUGCAGCUGCUCCGGGCCUACUCGCCCAGCGCCCAGGUCAAGCGGCUCCUGCAGGCCUGCAAGCUGCUCUACACGGCGCUGAGGACCCAAGCGGGGGAGGCCGCGGGGGCAGAUGAGUUCCUUCCGCUGCUGAGCCUUGUCCUGGCCCAGUGCGACCUUCCCGAGCUGCUGCUGGAAGCUGAGUACAUGUCGGAGCUGCUGGAGCCCACCCUGCUCACCGGAGAGGGCGGUUACUACCUGACCAGCCUCUCCGCCAGCCUGGCCCUGCUGAGUGGCCUGGACCAGGCUCACACCGCGCCCUUGAGCCCCUCGCAGGAGCUGCAGCGCUCCCUCAGCCUCUGGGAGCAGCGCCGCCUGCCGGCCACCCACAGCCUCCAGUGCCUCCUCCGAGUAGCCCACCAGGACCCCAGCAGUGGCUGCACCUCCAAGACCCUGGCUGUGCCUCCGGGGGCCUCGAUUGCCACCCUGAACCAGCUCUGUGCCACCAAGUUCCGAGUGACCCAGCCCGACACGUUUGGCCUGUUCCUGUACAAGGAGCAGGGCUACCACCGCCUGCCCCCCGGAGCCCUGGCCCACAAGCUCCCCGCAACCAGUUACCUUGUCUACCGCAGGGCAGAGUGGCCUGAGACCCAGGGGGCCUCGCCUGGGGCUACACCGGCGUUUGGCAGUGGGGAGCCAGAGGCAGGAGGCAGGGAGUUGGAGAAAGGGGGCCAGGGAGAUGGGCACAUCGGGGUCAAAGCCGGUCCUGGGGAUAGCCAGGGAGAGUCUGACACCAGUGCUGAGAGGGCCAAGGCAGGGAUGGGCCAGGCCAGGGGGGCCCCUGCUCAGCCAGUGGGGCCAGAGGCUGCCGGAAGCCAGGCAGCAGAGGAGUAGCCAGAAGUGAUCAGAAGGGUCAUUUGAGACAGAAAGCUGAGCCUGCUGGGAAGGCCUGUCAGAGCCAUCAGCCCCAGCCCUGCAGGCUUCCCCACCCCAGCCACUCCUGAGUCCACCACCGCCCCGUCUGAUACUUCCCUCCGUGAUCACACCUGCUGAGGUGGCGCCUGGCCUGGCCGCUUCCAGAACACUGGAAUCAAGUUGAGUGGGUUUGAGGGACCCCAGACCCAGGGCUCAGGCCCUCUGCCUCUCUCCCUUACCCUCCCAGCUGGAGGCCAGCCAGCCUUCAGUGCCCUGUGUCCAACAGGGGACAAACCCAACAGGUGCCUGGCCACUGGCAGGCCCUCCCGGCUGCUGGCUUCAGGGCCAAGAAGGGCUUCACCUGUUCCUGGGUGUCAGGAGGAUUCAGGGAACCAACACGGGACCAGAGCCCAGGCCAACCGUAGCGCAGCUGGAGGACCAGCAGCUCCAGACUUCAGUGUCCUGGAAAGAGAGGGGCCCUGCCUUCUCCGACAAGUGCCCCAGAGGCCAAAUGGAUGGUUUUGCUGCAAAACAGAGCUCAGGCUAGAGGGAAGGAGAGGGUAGGAGGUGGGAUGUUAGCGGACCACUCCCCCCAGGGUCUGUUGAGUGCAUUCACCGAAGGCUCUCGUCCCUCCACUCGGGUGAGAUCCAAGAGAUCAGGUCUGGCCCAGGGAGCACCCAAGCCCCAGUCUUUCUUCAAGGUGGCAAUUUCUGCCAUGCACUCUGGCAUCCCAGGGGACUUGGACAGGGGAGAUGGGCUUCCGAAACAGAAGGGGUGCUUGGAAACCAUUUUCUCUGCACUUAACUCUUCUGGACCUCACAAGAGCUCCGCGGAAGGCUGGGCAUGGCUUAUUACACACUGAGAAAGUGACUCCUAAGAUACCAAUCGCAUAGCCGGCCAUUACAGCCUCCCCACCCAAACCAGGGUGUCAGGCUCCAACUACGUGCCCUCUCUUCUAAGCCACCAAUAAAUUAACCCUAAAGGCCCUACAACCCCCAGUCGGGGCCCAGGGCAGGGAGCCAAUGGGAGCAAAGGAAAUGCCAGAGAUGACCACAUGGGGGUGCGCGUGGCCCAGGAAGUGGCCAGUGGGUAAUUGCCAGGGGCGAGUUCGUCUCCAGGGCCAAAGCCCAAAGCGAGUUAGGUGGCCAGAGACCCUGUAUUCCUGCAGCCACCAGGCGACCUGGGGUCAGUGCAGGGCCCAGCACUGCCAGCCUUCAGCUCCCAGAUUUCAGGCAAACUCCGGAGGAAUCACUCCCUGUGAAAGAACUGUCCCCUGGUGGAAGGAGGACCCCGGCCAGGCUCUGGGGUACUCCCUCAGGUGCUGACCACAAAGGGACAUCAUACCCCACGUGAGACAGACAUGACAACUGAAAGGUAGAAAUCCUGGACAUUGGGAUUUCCGACAGUCCAGAGACAGAUGCACCAAAUUUGGGUGCAUCGCUCUCCAAUGUGUCACUAGAGCCACCGGCAGCUCCUGCCUCCCACUUACACCCCCGCUCCGAGCUUCCUGCUGGCAGGGAGUCUCCCCCUUUGUAUGUCCCCAUCCCUAUU